CCCGCAGGAGCGCACCAGAUAUACCGGGACCUUUCAGAUAUCAGAGACUGCAGCUCUAAUAUAAAAUGCAUUUGUUGAAUUAACUCUGUGGAUUAUGAUAUUGUGUUUUAUCACACGCCAGCUGAUAUCUCUUAGUAUCAGUGACAGUCUAAUGCUGUAAUGUUCACUUGUGCCAGAAAUCCGCUGCGACUCUAAAGCUUGUUCGUGGGGGGAAUCGCCUUGGGAAAUCGGUCCUGUGUAAACCAGCACGCAGACAGCAUGGUUUUGGCUGACAGCCCCGUUUAAGGAAAAAUAUCGCCUUACAACCAAAGCCUUACGCACGCCUGCGCGCCUGGCCUUGGAGAAGAGGGUGAUGGUUUUGCUGCGUGCUCCGCUGAGAUAAAAUAGUCCAAGUGUCCUUUCCGGAGUGGAGAUGUUUGUGUUUUUGCUCCUGCUGUGUCUCGCGGAUGGAGUAGUUUCGCAGAUACGUUACUCUGUGCCCGAGGAAGCGGAGCAGGGCACAUUUGUGGGGAAUAUCGCAGAGGAUUUGGGACUGGACCUUACGAAACUUUCAUCCCGCCGCUUUCAGGUGGUGCCCAGCUCGCGGACGCCGUACCUGGAAGUAAACUUGGAGAACGGGGUGCUUUUCGUGAACGAGAAAAUCGACCGGGAGCGCAUCUGUAAGCAGAGCGCCAGCUGCUUGCUUCACCUGGAGGUGUUCUUGGAGAACCCACUCGAGCUCUUUCGCGUGGAGAUCGAGGUGGUGGACAUCAACGACAACCCUCCGAGCUUUCCGGAGACAGACAUCACCGUGGAAAUAUCCGAGAGCGCGACCCCGGGUACGCGCUUCCCGUUGGAGAGCGCCUUUGAUCCGGAUGUCGGUAGUAACGCAUUGCGCACUUACGACAUUACCAACAACAACAAUUUCUACCUAGACGUGCAAACACAGACCGACGGCAACAAAUUCGCAGAGUUGGUUUUGGAAAAGCCACUUGAUCGGGAACAGCAGGCGAUGCAUCGUUACGUUCUCACGGCCGUGGACGGCGGCCAGCCUCCUCGGACAGGUACAGCUCUGCUUGUGGUCAGAGUGCUCGACUCCAACGACAACGUCCCCGUGUUUGAUCAGCCGGUGUACUCAGUCAACUUGGCCGAGAACGCGCCCGUGGGCACGCUCGUCAUCCAGCUGAACGCGACCGACUCAGACGAGGGCCCGAACGGAGAGGUAAUUUACUCGUUCAGCAACCACAUCUCAAGCAGGGUCAAGGAACUGUUCGAUAUCGACGCCCGAACGGGCCGUAUAGAGGUCAGAGGUGAGGUGGACUUUGAGGAGAGCAGCCUGUAUCAGAUUUACGUGCAAGCGAAAGAUAUGGGACCUAAUGCCGUGCCCGCGCACUGUAAAGUUUUGGUCAAAGUAACGGACGUAAAUGACAACGCACCGGAGAUCAUCUUCAGCACCGUCACGGAGUCGGUGAGCGAGAACGCAGCCACUGGCACCGUCAUCGCGCUGCUCAGCGUCAGCGAUAAAGACUCCGAAGACAACGGCCAGACGCAUGUGGAGAUUCUCGGAGAUGUUCCUUUUAAACUCAAAACCUCUUUCAGAAAUUAUUACACUAUUGUGACUGACGGUCCUCUCAACCGAGAGACUGUAGAGGCAUACGCAGUCACCGUUGUUGCGAGAGAUAAAGGGAUUCCAUCUCUGGCUACCAGCAAAUCAAUCAAAGUGCACGUGUCUGACGAGAACGACAACGCGCCAACGUUUACGCAGCCCAUUUAUGAUGUGUAUGUGACUGAGAACAAUGUCCCUGGUGCUUACAUCUACGCUGUCAGUGCAGUCGAUCCUGAUGUCGGACAGAAUGCUUAUAUAACUUACUCCAUAGUGGAGUGUGAAAUCCAUGGUAUGUCUGUGGUCACCUAUGUGUCCAUCAACUCGGAGAAUGGGUAUCUGUACGCCCUCAGAUCCUUUGAUUAUGAGCAACUAAAAGACUUCAGCUUCAUGGUUCAAGCCAGAGACUCGGGCAGCCCCGAGCUGUGGUCCAACGCCACGGUGAACGUCAUUAUAGUGGAUCAAAACGAUAACGCGCCGUCUGUGAUUGCGCCUCUUGGAAAAAAUGGCACUGCGCGGGAGCCUUUGCCGCGCUCUGCCGAGCCAGGCUACCUAGUUACUCGCAUUGUCGCCAUGGAUGCAGAUGAUGGGGAGAACGCGCGCUUGUCCUAUAGUAUACAGAGAGGCAACGAGAAUGGGAUGUUCCGAAUGGACUGGCGCACCGGGGAAUUGCGCACGGCCCGCCGGGUGUCAGUCAAACGAGACCCGCAACAACUGUAUGAGCUGCUGAUUGAGGUAAGGGAUCACGGGCAGCCUCCUAUGUCGUGCAGCGCGGUGGUGCAGGUGAUGCUCGUGGACAGUCUUGUGGAGGGCCACAGUGGAGAACGCGGCACGGCCAAGGCCAAAGACGCGUCUCUGGACUUGACGCUCAUCCUUAUCAUUGCUCUCGGUUCCGUUUCUUUCAUCUUCCUUCUGGCUAUGAUUGUGCUGGCCGUGCGCUGUCAGAAGGACAAAAAGCUGAACAUCUACAGCACCUGCCUGGCGAGCGACUGCUGCUGCCUGGUAGGCUGCGGGUCGUGCGGGUCAGGUGGGUGCUGCGGUCGUCAGGCCCGGGCCGCCAGGAAAAAGAAGAAGCUGAGCAAGUCAGACAUCAUGCUGGUCCAGAGCACCAACACAGCCAACGUGAGCGUGGCGAGCGCCGCGCAGGUGCCCGUGGAGGAGUCAGGGAGCUUCGGCUCGCUCCAUCAAAGUCAGAACUACUGCUACCAGGUCUGUCUGACUCCGGAAUCGGCCAAAACGGACCUCAUGUUCCUGAAGGCCUGCAGCCCGUCGCGCAACAACGACACCGAGCACAACCCGUGCGGAGCCAUAGUGACCGGCUAUACGGACCAGCAGCAACCGGACAUCAUAUCUAACGGCAGCCUGCUCUCCAGUGAGACAAAACACCAGAGAGCAGAGCUCAGUUAUUUGGUAGACCGACCAAGGCGUGUUAACAGUUCUGCAUUCCAGGAGGCAGAUAUCGUGAGCUCAAAAGACAGCGGCCAUGGAGACAGCGAGCAGGGAGACAGUGACCAUGAUGCCAUGCAUCGCGGACAUUCCUCUGGAGUAGACCUCUUCUCCAACUGCACAGAGGAGUGCAAAGCCCUCGGCCACUCAGAUCGCUGCUGGAUGCCAAGUUUCGUGCCUACCGAGGCACGACAGGGCGCCGAUUACCGCAGCAACCUGCACGUGCCGGGCAUGGACUCUGUGCCCGACUCUGAGGUAUUUGAGGGCGAGACGUUGGCGGGCGAUCAGUCAUUCUCAACCUUUGGCAAAGAGACGCCACACAACCCCAACCAGAUGCACCAACACCAACAUCAACACCAUCAACACCACCUCAAUGCUUCCACGCUAGAGAGGAAAGAGUUCGAUGCACUUCUGUGUAACUCUCGCAUGCCUUACAAAGCCACCUGUCUGUCGCGGAAAAGGAUAUGCUAGCUCUUUCCGAGUGGACAUACCAGAGACGGCGUGAUUUUGCACAAUCAGUAAAACUGAUGGAAAAGCAAAGAGCGUCAAGUUUUCAGACUCUAUUUCCAGAGACGUCAGAUGAUUGUGCGUUCCCAAAGGCUUCCGGAGCCUCUAGGACCUCAACAAACUUGAUGAAAGAGUCUGACUCGCAGAGCUAGAUGCAACGCCGAGCGGCUGGACAUAACGCGCUUCUCAGCAGGACUGAGACGGAGGACAAAACUAAACCGUUAAAAUACACUGAGGAUAGGAAGACAAGUAAAGAAACAAGAGGACAGCUAUUCCUCUUGGCUUCUGCGUGUGCCUGUUUACAGCACUACUGUACAUCGUAAAAAAAAAAAAGACAAAAAAAGACAAUGCGAACUAUGACGAGAACCACCAACGAAAACUACAAAAAUGGAGAUAUAUUCACUGAGCCCUUUAGUUGUUUAUGUACACACACACACACACACACCACUGAAAAGCCAAUUGUACAGGAAAUUCAUUUGUGCAUUACAAAUGCAAUAUUGUUCUUUUAGACAUGACUGUUUUUAUAUUCUGUGUGCGGCUGUGUGUGUGUGAUAAGGUGUUUUCCCUAAAUCUAUUCCAACUCUUUGUCAAAAGAAAAAAAAAAAAGCAACGGAUUCCACGGAGGGAUUUUUUUUUUUCCCGUCAGGGUUAAGUGUUUAACGUUGUGAGCAGGACAGCUGUGGCCUAAAUCUUACUCUCUCAGACAAUACGUAGGUUAUAUCACGUGUGAGAAGUCUUAACUGUACUCUUUUAAACUUCAAAAUAAAUAUAAAUCUAUAUCUAUAAAUCUAUCUAUAUAUGCUUUUUCUGAAAGUGCGGUCUUCAUUUGCGCCGUUUUUUCCAGUGUAGUGUGUAAGGCUCCUCAAGGGAGCUGUUAGCGUCGCUAAUCCACUUUACAGGGGUUCUUAACAUGACAGAAAGCCUUAUCUCCAAACUUUUCAUCCAUUUUUUCACUUUUGGAUAUUGAGAUUCAUGUCUAUAAAUAAAAAGGGUCAUAAUAUUCUAGAUUUUAAUACAUGGCAGUUGUGUAUUACUGUAGCCAAAUAGAUCCAUUUGGAAAUUUGAAGCCAAAUACAAAAGGGGCACACAGUGCGAAUCAAACACACAUGCACACACACACACACAUACACACACACACACACACUGAUACUGAUAUUUACACACUUAAGCAUAUGAACACAAACACCUUAAUACCAGGAGGUGACAAAUAAACUGAAAAAUGCAUAAUUAUGUCUUAGACUCCUGUGUUUUAUUUUAAGACAACUUUA